GAUUAUUAGAUAGUAGAGGACAACGUGCUUGGAUACAAGCUGAUGUUGGGCGCGUCUAAUCCGCCAAUAUUUCCUUCUUUCCCUCCCCCCUUUUCAGCUGUCGUUGAUUUGCUUUCUGCCACUCUCUAGAGGCCAGUCGCGUCCACGUCUGCUUUUCAUCAACUAGCGCACGUUCAAAACGGGCUGGUGGACAAUAACCACAAGGCCUCAAAGUGCAUCUGGAGGCCAGCGACGCUGAAAAUUUUUUCCGAAAUGUCGGGCACAACACCAACGCACGAUGCCGAUCGCACAAUACUACGCAGGACACCGCGAUUACGCGAGUUGGAUAAUUCUCUUUUGGACCCUUCGUCGCACAAACCAGCCAAUCCCAAUGGCUUUAUAUCAACUGUCAAGCCUAAUAAUACACCAAUACCAGAUGGCCCAGAGAGGGUGGGGGAUAUCGCAACGGCAGUUGCACAUGCCACUGUUCCUGCAUGGGCAAAUGUGGGGUUUAUGUUGGCCCUGAUAUUUGGUGGCUGCUGUGCAAAUGUUUUUACUUUGGAAGCAAUUGUUACGGACAUGCCCCAUGCUGGUGCGCUUAUCACAUUUACUCAGUUUGCUAUGACCUCGCUCCUUACUCUUCCAAAUAUCCUCUCUUUCUCUGCUGGCCCUAAGUUUUUAUUUCUGAAGGCUCGUGGCAUUCCAUUGAAAGACUGGAUCAUAUUUACGGCAUUCUUUAUGACUGUUAACUUGAUGAAUAAUUCUGCCUUUCUGUUCAAGAUUUCUGUGCCAUUGCACAUCAUCAUACGAAGUGGUGGACCGGUGACAUCCAUGAUUAUUGGAUACCUGUACAAUUCAAAGAGAUACACACGAGUUCAGAUUUUCGCCGUAUCUAUGCUUUCGAUUGGAGUAGUCACCUCUGCGCUCGCUGAUGCCAGUGCAAAAGGCAAAUCGCUAGAUCUUGGCUUGAAUUCCAGUGAUAAUGAGGUCUCCCCAACGAGAACAUUACUCGGAUUUGCGAUUUUGGGUCUCGCCAUGAUUCUUGCAGCGUUCCAAGGUGUCUAUGCUGACAGACUUUAUCAGAAAUACGGCCGGGAUAAUUGGCGCGAAGGUCUAUUCUAUUCGCAUGCACUGUCGUUACUUAUACUAAUCCCAACAUAUCCAAAAUUCCUCCCGCAGAUAAAAUCACUCCUGUCCUCGCCGUCAGUCCUCGCAUCUUUCCCCGUUCUUGCUUCUACCUCGUCUGCACAUUCGUCUAUUAAUAGUGUCAUGCCGAAUUCCUCCACAAUCCCCGCCUCUGCGUCAACACUACUUCCUUCUUUUCUCUCUGACUACAGCCUGUUCCAGCCCUAUCUCCUCCUGACGUCACUUGUCGAUAGCCCUCCUUUGCACUCACUUCUUUCACGUGUGCCGCUGAAAAUGAUCUAUCUUCUCUUGAACGCACUGACACAAUAUCUUUGCAUUCGUGGCGUGUAUUUGCUUAGCGCGAAGUCUUCUUCCCUCACAGUGACUAUUGUCUUGAACAUUAGGAAGCUGGUGAGUUUAAUCCUGAGCGUGUAUUUGUUUGGUAAUCACCUGUCUGCCGGUGUUAUGGCGGGUGCUGGAAUAGUUUUCCUCGCAGGUGGUAUCUAUACAUGGGAGGGGGCUAGGCUAAGGAAGAUGCAGGCGAAGAUAAAAGAAAAAAGUGUAUAGAUGAGGUUCCGAGACCGGUAUUUCCCGGCUUGUCACAGGGUUGGAGUUGAUUGGGUGCUGAUUCUCUUUUUUUGUGGUUGGACUUGGGUGCAUUAGAUGCAUGAUAGAUAGACCAGACUCAGGCUGCAUUCUGAGUACAUGCUGUAUACUGCAUAUACAUACAUAGCAUUAUACCCAAUGUUAGAACAGAUAUCUAGACUUGCAGACC